CGUGAUCAAUGUUUGUUAUUUCACAAUUGUGUGUGUUAAAGUGUUUAUUUAAAAUCUAUGCAUUUUAUGGUAUGUGAUCAAGGUGAAUCGAUUCAAAAUAUUCACAGUUAGAAUAAUCUUUACUAGGAUGUGAUUUUAAAGGUACGUGAGAACAGGAACAGGCAUGGCUUGUGCGGAGACGGUUAUAGAUCCGCUUUUAGUGGCCGCAAUUGAUUUUGGCACUACCUUUUCUGGAUAUGCAUUUGCCUUUAAGGGUGAUUAUCAAGAAGAUCCGUUAAAAAUAUCUGGAUACACCUGGACAUUAGGGUCGACGGCUGGACUUUCACUGAAGACACCAACUUGUGUCUUGUUUGAUCAUAAUGGAGAAUUUCAUUCCUUUGGAGCCGAAGCUGAAGAAAAGUACACAACUUUGGCAGAAGAUGAUGCUCAUGCAAACUGGUACUUCUUCCGCAGAUUUAAAAUGCAGUUAUAUAGAAAUCAUGAAAUACCACGUGAUUUAACAAUUGAAGACGAUAAGGGUAAACAUUUGCCUGCUUUAACGAUAAUUUCUGCAUGUAUAAAUUACCUGAGAGACCAUUUAACGAAACAAAUUACUAAAAAAGACCUGCCCGUGAAGAAGACUGAGAUCACAUGGGUUCUUACAGUACCAGCCAUAUGGUCAGAUCCGGCCAAACAGUUCAUGAGAGAAGCAGCUGUAAAGGGAGGAAUUCCAAACAGUCAAUUGAUGUUAGCCUUGGAACCAGAAGCUGCUUCAAUUUAUUGCAAACAUCUUCCCGUGGAACGUUUGGCAGCAGGGGCAAAUUCUGCCCUGGGAGCGUUCUCACCAGGGACCAAAUAUCUUAUACUUGAUGCUGGAGGUGGCACAGUUGAUAUCACUGUACAGGAAGUACAAACUGAUGGAACCAUAAAACAACUGUACAUGGCCAAUGGCGGUGAUUGGGGAGGAACGAAAGUCGACCAGGCGUUUGAAGAAUAUUUGAUGGAGCUUGCUGGACCUGAGACAAUAUACAAGUUCCGUGAUGAAGAUAAAGCUGGUCACCUAGAUUUGUGUAGAGAAAUUGAAAUUAAGAAGCGUCAAAUUAAACCAGAUCAGACAUCAAAAGUUACGUUUAAAGUGCCUAUCACUUUAAGUGAAAUAUUUGAGAGGGAUAAGGGAACCAAUUUCCGAGAAUCGUUGGCGUCGUCAAAGAAAGUACGAUGGGUUGGGGAUAAACUACGGGUUGAUCCAGAUGUAGCCAGAGGUUUCUUUGAUAACGCAUGUCAACAUAUAAUCCAACAUUUAAAGGGUAUAUUUGACGAGGCGAAAGUUAGAGGCACCAACACAAUUCUUAUGGUUGGUGGAUUCUCAGAGUCUCCAAUGUUGAGGGAUGCAGUGGAAAAGGGAUUUCCCGGGAAAACUAUCAUUAUUCCCCAGGAGUCUGGUUUAGCUGUGUUAAAAGGGGCAGUACAGUAUGGAUACGAACCGAGAAUUAUAUCUACGCGUAUUUGCAAAUUUACUUACGGUGUGAAAGUAAGUAGAAACUUUACAAAAGGUGAUCCCGAGAGUAAGAAAUUUGUUGUUGACGGAACAUCUAAAUGCAACGAUUGUUUUAGCAGGCAUGUUGAAAUAGGACAGGCUGUCGAUAUAAAUGAAGCCUUCGAAGAACAUGUCUAUGGCACAUUGUAUGCUGACCAAACUGCCAUGGGUGUGUCAAUUUACACUUCAACUGAGAAAGAUCCACGUUACACGGAUGAUCCGUCGUGUAGAUAUCUUGGAGAGCUUACUGUCAACAUGAGCGAUACACGAGGAGGCAAAAAUCGAAAGAUAUCAGUUCAACUUACCUUUGGUGGGACAGAAAUAGAAGUAAAAGCCACUAAUAAGGGAACAGGAGAAGAAACUAUAGCUAAACUUAAUUUCCUUCGUGAAUUAUCAAAAGUCUUCAUGUUGGAAGGAGAAAAUGGUUUACAAAUGCCAGCCAUAAAAGUGUUUGCAGAAAGCAUCAAAUUUCUGCGAACACAUUUUGAGGAUCAUAUAAGGAAUAAAGCCUCUGAAAUCAAACCACGUGAUGUAGAAUGGGUGUUGACCGUACCCGCCAUCUGGCCAGAUCCAGCUAAAAAGUUCAUGAAGGAAGCUGCUAAUGCUGGAGGAAUACCCAACAGUCGCCUGAUCUUGGCGUUAGAACCAGAAGCUGCAUCUAUCUACUGUAAAAACUUGCCUGUCGACAGAACACUUUCUAGUGGUGGAAGAUCUACCCUCGAUGCGUUUGCUCCGGGGACACAGUAUCUUAUACUGGAUGCAGGAGGUGGAACGGUUGAUAUAACUGUACAGGAAAUAAAAGACGAUGGCGACAUCAAACAAAUCUACAUGGCCAAUGGUGGAGAUUGGGGCGGAACUAAAGUCGACGAGGCAUUUGACGAAUUCCUGACGGAUAUUGUUGGAUCAGAUACGGUCGACAAGUUCCGGAAGGAUGACAAGGUCGAUUAUCUAGGUCUGUGUAGAGAAUUUGAAGUGAAAAAGCGAAGUAUUCGCCCAGACAGCACAGCUAAAAUUACAAUUAGAAUUCCAUUAAGUUUAAGUGAAAGAUUUCAAGAAGUAAAAGGAGUUUCACUGAAAAGUUCCUUCAAAUCAAACAAAUCAAUGUCAUGGGUAGGUGAUAAAUUACGUGUUGAUCCCGACACCGCUAAAAAGUUCUUUGAAGAACCAUGCCAACGCAUUGUUGACCAUCUGAAAGAUUUAUUCCAGAAAGGAGCAGUUGUCGACACAGACAUUAUUUUAAUGGUUGGUGGUUUUUCUGAAUCACAAAUGCUGCAGGAAGCAAUAAAGUCGGCAUUUCAAAGUAAAACUGUGAUAAUACCAGAAGAUGCAGGUCUUGCUGUGCUUAAAGGUGCAGUUCAGUUCGGAUUUAAUCCUAAGAUUAUCAGUCCAAGAAUUAUUCGAUUGGAGUAA